AUGUCCCCAGACAAUAUCUUUGAAGCCAAGUCGUCUUCCAACGUUUCCGUGGUCCAAGAAAAGGCAGUUGACGACAUUCCGAAGGAAGAGCGACACAACAGCGACCUCGAUGCGAUCAAAGUUGAUGUCCACACUGGCCUUUACGAUGGAGUCCAACGCAACAUGAAGCAAAGACACAUCCAAAUGAUCGCACUAGCUGGUACGCUUGGAACUGGUUUGUUUUUGGGCAGCGGUAAAGCUAUCGCGCAUGCCGGGCCUGCUGGAGCAUUGCUUGCGUAUAUCCAUGUCGGCACGAUCACCUACUGCAUGCUGAUGUCUCUCGGAGAAAUGAUGUGCUACCUCCCCAUUUCCGGCGGAUACAUCCACUUUGCGGAACGCUUUGUCGACCCGGCUCUUGGUUUUGCUCUCGGCUGGCUGCAAUGGUAUAGCAACGUUGUCGGUCUCCCGACGGAAAUCAUUAGUGCGGCCCUCAUCAUCGGAUUCUGGGACUCAAGACCCGACGGGUCAGGAAUGCCCAACUCGCAUCUCGCAGGCUAUCUAACGUUAUUGCUCUUCCUUUGCGCUGCGGUCAACUUUCUUGGUGUGCGCUGGUUUGGGGAAUCAGAGUUCUAUUUUGCCCUGAUAAAAAUUGCUUUGAUUCUCGGAUGCGUCAUUGGUGGUCUCGUCAUUGAUCUUGGUGGUGGUCCGGGACAUGACCGUAUUGGCUUUCGUUAUUGGAAGGACCCAGGUGCAUUCGUCCCAUAUCUUGUCGCUGGCAAUACCGGCAAAUUCUUGGGCUGGUUCCAAACCCUGCUGCAAGCUGCUUACUCGUACCAAGGCAUGGAGACGCUUGCCAUGACUGCAGCAGAGGUCGAAAAUCCUCGCUAUGCGCUUGCUAAAGCGGUCCGACGCGUCUUUUAUCGCAUAUUGAUGUUUUAUGUCUUGGGCAUCCUCAUCGUGGGCAUGCUUGUUCGGUCAACCGACAGUGACCUACUUCAAUCCACUGGCGAUGCUGCAUCUUCGCCUUUCGUUCUUGCUAUGAAACGAGUUGGAAUCAAGAGCCUUCCCUCUGUUAUCAAUGCUGGAGUCCUUACAUCGGCCUUUUCCGCUGGAAACACUGGCCUAUAUACGUCCUCCCGGCAACUCUAUGGCCUCGCAUUACGCGGGCAAGCUCCAAAAGUGUUUGCCAAGACAACUAAAGCUGGGCUGCCCAUAAUUGCACUUGCAUUCUCGACGAUUUGGAUACUGCUCUCUUAUAUGGCAUUGUCUGACGGGGCGUCUACGGUGCUCAACUGGUUGACUAACCUCACCUCCGUUCUGGGGUUCAUGACCUGGGCUAUCAUUUGCUGGACAUACAUCCGCUUUUACAACGGUCUUCAGGCGCAAGGAAUUGAUCGCAGCCAGUUCGUCUAUUGGAAUCGUUUCCAACCGUUUCCGGCCUACUGGGCCCUGGCAUGGAGCAUAAUCAUCACGCUCUUCAAUGGCUUUGCCGUGUUCCUCAAAGGAGACUGGAAUGCGUCGGACUUUGUCAUUGCCUACAUCAACAUCCCCCUAUUUGUUUUAUUGCUCGUUGCGUACAAGGUCGUGAGAGGGUCGAAGGUGGUUGGGCUUAGGGAGAUGGACUUUAUCUCCAAUCUUCCGCCAUCGCAAAUGGUUGAUAUCCAUGAGCCAGUGCCAAAGACAAUACCGGGUAAAAUUGCAGCGUGGCUGUUCUAA